AUGGAGAAGUACGAGAAAAUCAAAGUAGUUGGGAGAGGAGCUUUCGGGAUCGUUCACCUGUGCCGCAGGCGCAGCGACGGGGCCUUUGUCAUCCUGAAGGAGAUCCCAGUGGAGCAGAUGUCACGAGAUGAACGCCUGGCGGCUCAGAACGAGUGUCAGGUGCUGAAACUGCUCAACCACCCAAAUAUCAUAGAGUACUAUGAGAACUUCCUGGAAGACAAGGCCCUCAUGAUAGCUAUGGAGUAUGCACCAGGUGGGACGUUGGCUGAUUACAUACAGAAGCGCUGUAACUCUCUGCUGGAUGAGGACACCAUUCUUCACUUCUUUGUGCAGAUCUUACUUGCCUUGUAUCAUGUCCACAACAAACUCAUCCUGCACAGGGACCUCAAGACACAGAAUAUCCUUCUUGACAAGCAUCAGAUGAUUGUCAAAAUCGGUGACUUUGGAAUCUCCAAAAUCCUCGUCAGCAAGAGCAAAGCAUACACGGUGGUUGGAACGCCAUGCUACAUCUCCCCAGAGCUGUGUGAAGGAAAGCCGUAUAACCAGAAGAGUGACAUCUGGGCUUUGGGCUGUGUGCUCUAUGAGCUAGCGAGCCUCAAGAGAGCCUUCGAGGCUGCUAAUCUACCCGCCCUCGUCCUGAAGAUCAUGAGCGGUACAUUUGCUCCAAUUUCGGAUCGGUACAGCCCAGAACUCCGACAGCUUAUCCUCAACAUGCUCAAUCUGGAUCCAUCCAAACGGCCUCAACUCAAUGAAAUAAUGGCUCUCCCCAUAUGCAUCAGGCCCCUGCUUAAUCUCUACACAGAUAUAGGCAGUGUCAAAAUGCGCAGGAUUGAGAAGCCACUGUCUACUGUGCAGACUUGUCCUCAAGGUAGACCAGGAGGCAGAGUUCCUACCAACAGGACCAGAGAUGGAUCAAUCGGUUUAGGCUCGGGUAAGGUGCACUCCCUGCCCCUGUCCUCGGUGUAUACGUGGGGAAGUGGCAUCUCAACGCCUCUCCGCCUGCCAAUGCUCAACACUGAGGUGCUACAAGUGUCUCUGGGACGCACUCAGAAGAUGGGGGUCACCAAGUCAGGCCGUCUGAUUACAUGGGAGGCUCCAUCAGUGGGGUCUGGUGAGGCCAGUCUGCCUGGCGUGGUGGAGCAGAUGCAACCUCAGUUCAUUUCUCGCUUCCUGGAGGGUCAGUCUGGAGUCACCAUCAAGUCCGUGUCCUGUGGCGAUCUCUUUACCACCUGCAUGACAGACAGAGGCAUUAUCAUGACGUUUGGAAGUGGGAGCAACGGCUGUCUAGGACACGGUAACUUCAAUGAUGUCACACAGCCCAAGAUAGUUGAGGCCCUCCUCGGCUAUGAGCUGGUUCAGGUGUCAUGUGGUGCUUCCCACGUUCUGGCUGUGACCAAUGAAAGAGAAGUAUUUGCCUGGGGAAGAGGAGACAAUGGUCGCCUCGGGCUAGGCACCCAAGACACGCACAACUCUCCACAGCAGGUAUGUUUACCUGUGGAAUUUGAGGCCCAGAAGGUAGUGUGUGGAGUUGACUGCUCCAUGAUUAUCAGCACCCAGUACAAGAUUGUUGCAUGCGGAAGCAACAGGUUCAACAAACUUGGCUUGGAUAAGAUAACAACUGGAGAGGAACCAAAUCCCUCAAAUCAGGUGGAAGAAGUUCAUUCCUACAGCCCUGUCCAGUCAGCCCCACUCAGCAGUGAGAAGAUAGUUUACAUUGACAUUGGAACAGCCCACUCUGUUGCUGUCACAGAAAGGGGUCAGUGUUUCACCUUCGGCAGUAACCAGCAUGGCCAGAUGGGCUGCAGUUCCCGUCGUAGCAGCCGUGUCCCCUACCUGGUACCCAGCCUGCAGGGUAUCACCAUGGCUGCCUGUGGAGAUGCUUUCACCUUAGCUAUUGGAUCUGAAGGGGAGGUGUACACCUGGGGAAAGGGGGCCCGCGGCCGCCUCGGCAGAAAAGAGGAGGAUUCUGGGAUACCGAAGCCGGUUCAGCUUGACGAGAGUCACUCGUUCACGGUGACAUCAGUGGCGUGUUGUCAUGGCAACACACUGCUGGCAGUGAAACCUUUGCUUGAAGAACCUGUCCCAAGAUGAUUUUGUCCUGAAAACGGAACCAACACCCACUCAGCGGACGUCAUGAAGCUCAGCGGUGGCGUGAGGUGAAGAACAGCUUCCUUUGGACAACUCCUCACAGAGGCCCAUCUGCGCUGCAGUUGAAAGAUUCCUUUUCAUACUGCAGCUGCAGCCUCAGAUUUUCACUUGGUCUUUCCUCUCUAUCUGUUUUUUUUUUUUCUUCUGGGAACGAAUGUUUAUUUCAUUCUGUGGCUUGGUAUCGAGGAUCAGAGCACAGAAAAGGUCCAAACCUGACUGUUGCAGCAGGUGUAUCUCACAACAGGUUGGUGAAAAGGAUGUUGCAACACUGUUACUGAAACUGGAUUGCAGGAAGUCAUUAGGCAGCUUUCAUGUGGUGAACCAUUGUCCUCUCUCACGUGCAGGGUAAGCACGAUAAACUGAGAAAGGCCAGUAAAAGUCAAACUGGUUUGAGCUCUUUUGAGCAACUGGUGAAUGUGAUGAUACAAUGCCUAGAAAUGAAAAGAAUGAAGCCACUUUCUGAGUUCAUCAGUCAAAUGAACCACACACAUUAAUCUCAGUCACAUAGUCAGUGGUCACAUUGUGCUUUAUUGGAUUAGUCCUCCAAUACAUUUGUAACUAAACAGCAGUGUUCAGACCAGAUAACGAUGUGUUGUUUAGGGAUAGACUGAACCAAGCCUUUAAGAUUUUAUGGUGUUAAAGAGACUGUAGUGGUGUCGACAAUCACUCCCUUAUUCACUCAUUCACUGCUACCUUAUAGUUUAGCCUAUAGUGAGAAGUAAAUAGAGAUUUGGGACACUUAAGAAUCAUCUACAUUUUACUAUUUACAUUUAUCUAUUACAUGUGACCACUUGGAUUAUGGGAUUUUUAGUCAGAAGUAUUCUUUUCAGUCCAUUGUAGGAAUCUCUGAAGACAUUAUAUAGUUGAUAAAUUUCACACUUGGACACUUCGGACACUCAUAGAAAAUGGUGAAGUAAAUACAAUGCACUUUAUAGUAAAUGGGGUAAACGUGAUAUUGUAAACGAGAUUGUCUAAAUAAUUGAUGAUGUGUAAGAAUCACUAAUGUUGCAGAUGGUAAAGGGUCUAAUUUGAAGUAUUUUUAUUUUUUCUACUAGUAUUUUUUAUAAAGAGUUGCAAAGUAACUUAAGCUGGCAAAUAAAUAUAAUGGAAUAGAAAAAUGCAGUAUUUUGAAAUGUAGUGGGGUAAAUACUGAGGUAAAGUACACCAAUGGUGCCUAGGAGUGAAAUCUCUGUAGUGCACAUUGUAUUUUUAUGUAUUUUUUUUAGUGAUUUUGUUGUCACUUACCACUAUGUUUGAUAGUGUUAAAGCUUUUGAAAACAUUUGAAAAAAUGAUCAUCUCUGGUUGCUGGACACCUAAAAUCAAAUUUUAAUCAUGUAUUAUGUGUAAUCUUAUGUAUAUUUGUGCAUAUUAUAUUAGAAGGUGGUUUCACAGUGCAUAAGCCUUAUUAGAGAUGCUUAAUCUUACCUCUCUCUUAUCUGCUUUACUCCACUAAAGCUGCUGAAAUGAAUAUUUAGGUUGAAAUUUUCAGGAAACAAUCAGACAGAGAAAAUCCAUAUCUUAACUGACAAGACUGAAAAACAAAGGUUAAGAACAAGUUAAACAUCACCACUUUAAAAUUGUGAGGUUUAAAUUAAUAAAUCACCUAAAAUAAAACUGGAUUUUUCUGUGACGUUCUGAUUCCCUUUAUACUUCCCCCACUACCCUCUUUAUUCUCACAUUAAUCACCCGAUUCAUUAUGUAUAUUCCUUUGUAAUUUGAGCAGAUUAAUUAGCAGUUGGUGAGAUUAUUGUGAUUUUUAUCAUAUAUUUACUUAAUAUACAUCAAUGUACACUUGUCUUUGAACGUAUUUAUGAAGAUAACUUGUUUAUUUUGCAAACUGAAAUCACAUUUUAAAGUAAUUAUUGCUUAUCUGAGAUGUGCUCACACCUCUGCUGAGGACAUGGAUCAUUUACCUUUGUUGCCUUGUGUGAUGAUGUAAUGAUGAUGUAAU